AUGGUGACGAUGCACAGUGCUACCGCGGCCAUUGCACACUGUGGCUCGGAUAUGUCUCCACACAAAUUUUGCUUCCGAAAAGUCGCCUACGAAGCGGCAACCGACACGCUGCAGCUUCAACGUACACGCAUGGACGAGGCAGCAGGUGCCGGGUCGCCACGUUACGUUCGUAGCCGCAUCGGCAAUGCCUGCGAUGGUUGCAAGGCACGCAAGGUCAAAUGCGAUGGUAAACUCCCUUGCAGCUACUGCGCAGGACGGCACCGCAGCGAUAGUUGCCACUACUCGGCGCAACGCCGCAGACGGAAUGCCACGGCGACGACGCAUGACGCUCACGGCACAACGACGCCGCCUGGAACUAUCGCGACAGGUACGGCGUCACCAACGCCAGAUUUGCAGCACCAGCCGCCCCCAAGACCUAGCGGCCGGCCAUCGCCGCAUGUAGAAGAACGAGACGCGAGCCAAGGGACAGUAUCCAGGGCGCGCAACCGCGGCCAAGCUCGGCUCAGGCGCCAAAUCACAACUACGAAAGCAUCCCAGAGGUCCGAGACCAUGAAUAAUGGGAGGCGCAACAUUGAAGCAACACAUCACCAGCCUACCGAGGCAGCGGAGGACGACACCGAAGUUCCGCGCGAAGCCCGGCUCUUGCGAGACGCACACGGCAAGCUCAUCUUUAUUGGAGACUGCGCGCCGCUUUCCUUCUUUCAGUCUGUACGGCAGGUCGUGACGAGCCGCGUGAGCCCGCACGCCUUUGCGCCGCAAACCAGCCGCUACUCUGUGCUGGAGAAUGCCGGCGCCGGCGCCGGGGGACAGGCGCCCGGAAGCUCCCCGCCGCCGGUGCACCCCGGGGACGUCGCGACGGCCGUAUCGGCAUACCUGGCGACUACCACGGGCUUGAUUGACCUCUUUGACAAUGCGACGCUGCUCGACGACGUGCUGCUGUGGGCCGACCAGCCGCACAAGCCGGCCGACGGCGCGUCCACCAUCAAGUACCUCGUGCUGGCCAUUGGCCGGCUGGCCGACGACGAUUUGCUGGCGCAAGAGUACUUUGAGUACGCGCGAGGCCGGGCCUACAUCGACAUGAGCGGGGACCUGAGCGCCGAGACGGUGCAGUCGUUUGUGCUCGUCACCAUGUACAUGCUGUGCUCGUGCCAGAUCAACGGCGCGUUCUUGUUCUUCGGCAUCGCCGCACGCGCGGCUUAUGCCAUUGGCGUGCACCGCACCGAGGUGAAUGCGCGCUUCGGCGAGGCGGUCCGCCGGCGGCGCGACAACCUGUGGAAGAGCCUGCGCGCGCUCGACCUCUUCCUCAGCACGUCCAUGGGCCGCCCGCCCGCGACGUCGGACGUGGACUGCACCGUGUCAUACCGCGCGCUCGAUGACGAUGGCCACGAGGUGCUCGACCUGCUCAACGCGUCGGUCCAGAUCCUGCUCAUCACGGAGACGAUUGUGGUUGAGAUUUACUCGCGCCGCACAAUCUCCCUCCAGCUGACCGAGGGCAUCUCGCGGCAGCUGCGCGGCUGGUCGGACCGCUGGCUGCAGCAGCUCAAGGACGUCGUCACGCAGCCCGGCGACGACGAGGCGCGCGUCAGCGGCGCCUGUCAGGUGCUCUCUACGUACUACUACUCCGUCAUGCUCGUCGCCCGGCCGUUUCUCAUGUACGAGCUGUAUCGCCGGCUGUCGGACGCGCCGGCGCACGCGGCCGCCGCCGGGCGCUCGCCGUCGGGCAAGACCAAGCUGGCCGACGCCUGCAUCGACGCCGCCAGCCUCCUGGUCGAUCCGGUGCUCGACUUGAUUGAGCGAAACGUGCUGCGCCACCGUGCGCCCAUGCUCGUCUCGUGGCUCUUUGCGGCGUCCCUGGUGCUCGGCGUCGGGCUGCUCGGCGGCUUCGGCCGGAUCCUGGAAAAGUACGCGCGCAUGUCGAUCCAGGCCCUGGACCACUUUGCGCGGACCGACGGCCAUGCGACGCAGUACAGCCUCAUCGCGCAGUCGCUGCUCACGACGGCCCUCGAGGAUCUCGAGCGACGGGAGAUGCAGGAGCGCAUGCGCCGCACCGAGAGCUCGAGCCAGCUGUUUGGCCUCGUGCCGCACGAUGCCCGCCCAUCGCUCGGCAGCGGCGGCGGCGCAAGCAGUGCAAACUCGCCGCGCGAUGCGGGCAGCCAUCGAGCCGCGGCGCUACGAACUCCGGUGACAGGACGUGCCGCAGCGACACUGGGCACCACGCCCGCGCCGAGCAGGACAGAGAGCGGUGCGUUGCUACGAGGUAAUCCGGUCACAUCGCCCAUGCCGUGGCAGGCGCCCCGCAACAGCAACUGGCGCCCGGACCGGGACGGUCAUUACGGAGGCGGGACGGCCGCCGCAUCGCCGCGCCUCGGAGACAUUGAUUCAGCGUUCCUCGGCCUGUCAGAGUCGAUGCUGCACACCCCUGACGCGGACUACUGGGGCAACUCUUUUGGCGUCAAUGAAGAGGACGGCGGCGCCGGCUCGGCCGUCAACUUGUUCCCGCUCUUGGACGCAGGCGGCGGCAUUGACCUGGCGCAUUAUUUCUAG